GAGAGGCACACAUGGUGUAGUGAGUUGAAAAACGAUUGUGUCAUGGUCACUGCUCAUGCUGUGCUGGGUAAGAAGCUGUUUUGCAUUGAGUGGAAGAACCAGCGUAAGCUAGCCAUAUUCAACCCGGGUGACAGUUCAUGGAAGAUGGUCACCGUCCCCGUGACUGGGAGUUCAACCGUUGGGUUUCGAUUUGGAGUUUUGGACGAGAAGCUUUUGCUGUUUUCUGGCGUGCAGGAGGAUGAAGGUUCUGCCACUACACUUUUAUAUGAUCCGAAUGCGGCUCCGGGUUCGGAGUGGAAGACCUGUGAAAUAAAGCCGUCAGGUACUUGUUUGUGUAGUGUCACUAUCAAAGCUUAGGAUGCCAAUUUUUUUUCCCGACUACCUAUUAUUUUCAAU